CUGAAAGCGAAACCCUAAUACAAGACCAGUGUGCCAGGUAGAAGUUCGAAAGUGUUUUAGUGUCUACAACUGAGUCUAUUGCACUUAAGUCCCCGACCGUACUACGUGGCUACGUCUAAGGAUAAGUAACCUCAUCUCCACAAAACCAAAUCAUGCCGCCGAAAUCGGCCGCGGCGAAGAUGAAGUCCAAGGCUGCUGCGGCUUCCAAGGCAUCAGCCACUAGUGGACCAGUAGCCGGCAGCACAAAAUCGGUUUUGAAGACGGCGAGCAAGGCCGUCGCGGCACCGAUGAAGAGGCAGAAGGACGUCAAAGCAGCACCGAAAGUAAAAUCGAGUCCGGCCGCGGGGGAGCAGGAUGGUAAUGACCUUCCAGCCGGGAAAACGAAAAAGGGUACGACAACAGGCGCGAACAAGCAGGAAAACAAGCAGAAUGCCAGUGGAAUAAACAAUAAGCAGACGGGUAAAAAUAUUGAAAACAAGAAUCCUAAGCAGGCGAAGACGUCGGCAACUGCAGGUGCAAGUUCGAAGAAACCGCAGAUGUCGCAGGGUGAGAGCACGAUCAAAGCCGCAACUACUUCGGCUUCCAAAUCCAAGCCCGCGCCGAGGGUUGGUGAGAAAAAACUGCAGGACCACGCGGGCAAGGUGGAAGAGAAACUGCAGGGCGGCGAAAUUAUAUCAACAAAGGCCGCUACAGCGGGACCAGGACCGAAGGGGGCAGCAUCUUCUUCUUCGUCAACAUUCCAGGCAGUAAAGCCACAUCAGGAAAUAACGACGAUGAAAAGCGCCGCACCACCACCGGCAACCAAGCCUCCGGUUGUACUAGGCAGAAAACCCGCACCAGCACCCCAUGUUCCAAUCUCAACCGCCAUAGUUCCGAUCAAGACAGCUAGCCGGAUCCAGAAGUUGAACCAGGAUACCAUCCACACGAUCUGCACGAACCAGGUGAUCAUCAGUCUCGACACCUGCGUGAAAGAACUCGUAGAGAAUUCCCUCGACGCGCGGGCCCGGAAAAUCGAAAUCACGUUUCUCGAGUCGGGAGUGGACGGGUUAUGCAUUGCAAAUACGUCUGGGUCCGGAAACUUGUGUUGCUGAUACUUGCAUUGCAGACUGGUUUCUUUUACGGCAUAACAGCAUGACAAGUUAUCCUCGGCUUAUUGCGGGUUCAUUCGUGUUUAGCAUUACAAACUGCCAUCCAACACAACAAAAAUUCUGGCCGAUGGUGUUCUUGCAUUACAGAUCUUGUUGUCCUUGAGGUCCUGCAUCAGAAACCCAGACCCAGACAUACUAGCAUUUGAUACGGCCUCGUGAUCGUCGAUGACGGGAUCGGGAUUUGCGAAGCUGUAUUGUGAGGAAAAAUAUCCCCACCCCAGAGUCAAGAUGGGAAAAAUGCAACACAAACCCGGAAGUUUUGGGAGUCAUGCGUGACAAGUUCCCCUCUGUGUUGUAGUGCAGUUUCGCAAGGACAGCCGCAUCACAAAGCCAUCUCCUCAUCCUAUUUGCAGCAUCACAAAUUCCAAAACACGAUUGGGGAUGGCUCUCAUGGGGAUGCGCGUUACAAGUUUUACUGUCUUUGCAAAUCUGCAUGACAACUCUGGGGUGGGGACGUUUUUACUCAGGAUAAGCUGAUCUGCCAAACGUGUGUCUGCGGCACUGCACCUCCAAACUGCGGAAUGUGGAGGAACUGUACGGGACAUCUUCGACUUCACAUCAAGUCGGUGGAAAUAAACUACCUGCAGGGACCACGACCACGACCACAUCAUCAAUCAGUUGUACAAUGACAGACACAUCAGAAGUUCCUCUUGCAGAUCCUCCUUUCUCCACUUCAUCCCCCACCCCCUGUCAAACGUUUGGGUUCCGCGGGGAAGCACUAGCGGCUUGCUGCGCGUUAUCGGAAAAAUUCGUGGUCACGACCAAGUUUGCGGACUGUUUUUUACCUAUGAGCAACGAAACCAGUUUGGUACCGAUAGUGGAAAGAAGUACUACCGCGGGGGGUGAAAGUGCGCGUGGGGAUUUUUCGGGCGCUUUGGUCUCGCUGUCGGAAAGAAAUGAAAAUGACGGGGCGACUUCCAACUCUGGACAUCUUGUUCUAGGGCGGAAAAUAUUAGAACCUGCCCCCGCGGCGCCGCGCGGGAUGAUAAACGCAGGUAAAAAGGCGAAUACGAAGCUGGAGUCCGACGUUGUUGGGGGCAGUAGUGCAACUUCUGCCCUCGCCUUGUUCACAGCGGAAAGGAACCUCAACAGUGCAGGCACGAAUUCCACCAACAAGUUCGCCCUGCAAGCCACAUACGAUCGCCAGGGGAAUCUGGUGAAGCAGGAACAGGUGUUGCAAACGUCGCACGGCACGAAAAUCGAGAUCACGAACCUCUUUUCUAUUACCCCGGUCCGCCGCCAGGAAUUCGUGCGAAACGUGAAGCAGCAGUUGCAGGAAACGAUGCAGCUGCUGCAGAAAUUUGCAGCGUGUAACUACCUAACCAAGUUUGUGAUCCACAACAAAAAAUUUAACGCGAAGACGAAGAAGUUCGAAACGAAAGAGAUGCUGCGGACGAGCGGUUGUGUAUGGAGGGCUCAGGAUCGAAAUGGACAAAGUUCAAAUGAUUUGUCAUCUGCAAGAAAUGCAAGACGCGAACAAGCGCCUGUAUUGUACCGCAGGGAAAAAUUCUUCGGGCCGAUGGUAAGUAAGCCUGUUUGGGGUCUACUGGGAUGGAACUGCUGUUCCAGUAGCAUGACAGAAGCAGUGUUUUUUCCCAAAGCAGCAUGACCAGUCGGAUUUCGGUUUUGCAAAGUUUUGUCAUGCGUAUCACUUUUUUUCGGAGGAACAACUGGGUCGUUCCAGCUAGUAUCCAUUUUAUGCAUGUUGGCAAAUCAUUUCCACUUUUCUCUAUUUCGAAGAUCCUGGCAUUUCCAUAAUGUGCGAGAAGUUUUAAACAGGCCUGCAUGGCCGUGUAUGGGGAGCACUUGCAGUAUCAGAGUGUCAGAAUCGAAAUCGACAAAAUCGAAAGAUUUGUAAUGCAUAAAAUGGAGGCCAGUUGUAACCCAGUUUCCACGUGGCGCAUGACAAAUUUCGGUAGAGCCGAGACCCAGUUUGUCAUGCUGUUUGGGUACUAUGGAAGACGCCUUUUGGUAUGCUACUUUAGCAGCUCAGUUUCUACCCCUCAACAGGCUUGCAAUCUGCCUCACUUCCUUACUCUGCAAGACAGGCACUUUAUGGGCUGCAUUUUAUGCAUGACAAAUCAUUUCAAUUUUGUCGAUUUCGAUCCUGACACUUCCAUAUGCAGAAUACGGUCGAAGUGGACUUGAACGUCGGAAGUGGAGGUGCUGGUGGUGGUCCAGCAGGGGGCGGAGGCCUGGUGAACUCUACUAUGAUGUUGCCCCCCGCUCAAGUAGUUCAACAUGAAACUACCGAGCAGGAACUAGUUCUAGCCGGGACGGCUGCUGGUGGUGCGCUUUUACCACCACCACUCGUACACGAACAGCAAGCCACAGUUUUUAGCCCGUCCAACAACAACAACUUCCGCAUCACCGGGCUUGUUUCCCAGUCGAACGGUGGGAAGAAGUCAAAAAAUUGGCAGAUUUUCUUCGUCAACUACCGAUUGUGCGACCCCUUUCCGAAGUAUGACAGUGCACAACAAGAAGUCCCCCUCGUUCUCAUUUCUCAUGCAAAAUCUCAACUCCAAUUGCUUCCGUGUGUCACUAAUUGUGCAUGACAAAUUUCGAAAGCUGCCCACAAAGUACGUACAGUAAGUUUACAUAAAUUUGUAAUGCACAAGCUCCAGAGUCGCUGGCGUUUGUAUUGCUGUUCAUGCAAAAAUAGAGGGGGGUAGUUGUGCACUGUCAUACGAAGAAAAUACUGAAAACCGUAAACGAAGAAUUCAAGAAGUACGCGUCGGGCCAGGUCUUUCCCGUCGCGAUUCUGAAUUUGGAGUGCGCAAACCAUGAUGUGGACGUGAACAUCACGCCGUACGUAUUGGAAUCUGACCGGGUCUUGAAAGAACUUGCGACACGGACACGCAGCCACGCAUGACAAGUUUCGGGGCUCUUUUAUGUUUCGCUUUCCGCAUGACAGCCUGCAUUUUCAGGCUAGAGGCUUUUUUCCUGCUGCUCACGCAUUACAGAUUCAAGAGUCAUGUGAGAUAAGCAUGACAGACUUGCGUUCUUCCAGGCCCAGACACAUUUGCACUGGAUACGCCGGACAAGAAGACGAUUUACCUAAAGCACGAAGCGCUGAUCUGCCGGGAAGUGGUGAAUUGGAUGAAGCUGCACGUCCCGGGGUCAGACGUCGUGGGGAAAAAACCGACGGCCGGAUCGUGGUGUGCUUAUCCUUUUGGCGGAACUCUAAACAACCGGCAAAACUACAAGAACGCGGUGCUCCCGCUGAUGAAUUUCGCUGCGUCGAGUGAUGAAGUAGAUGAUGGCCAGGGUCGUGUGGCUCGUCCACCUGCUGCGGAGCCGCUUAUGGACGCUGUUCUUGAGGUCGACAACGAGAAAAAGGAAAGAAACGACGCGGAUCUACUUCCCGAGAAGAUAGUACAAGAAGAUGAAGCAGUGCCAGUUCUUAUCCCAUGUAAAAACGUCCCCACCCCAGACUUGUCAUGCAAAUCUGCUGCAUCCUUAAAAUAUUGCUCAUGCGGCGGAGACCCAUGGAAAGAAUUUUUCUAGUGGUGUUUUGAAAUUUGAACAAUUCAGCCAAAGCUGGCUGAAUUGUUCAGCAGAUUCCCCAUCUUGACUGUAGGGUGGCGACGUUUUUACUCCGGAUAGUUCUGGCAGACGGAAAAAUUAUCCACGCGCCGCAGAUGUUGAAUCUUGCGGAGGUCCUCGCAGUACAAGCAGAGGAGCAAGCAGAAGCACCAGCAGCGUUGGUAUCGGUGUCCUCCCCAAACCCGGAGAUGAACAAAACGUCAAAUAUAUCCUCUGUAAAAACGUCCCCACCCCAGAGUUUUAAUGCAAAUCUGUAUGCUUAAAAUGUUUCUCAUGCGGAGACCCAUGAGAGGCGUUUUCUAGUGGUGACUUGAGAUUUGUCAUGCUCGAAUCAGAAUGACAAACUGGAUCUGUGAUGCUGCUGCACUAGCUAAACACGGCUACACUGCGAGCCCAAAUUUGUCAUGCGCGACAGCCAAAGCUUAGGGAUUUGUGUAGCGGCUUUCGCAUCUUGACUCUGGGGUGGGGACGUUUUUACUCAGGAUAAAAUAACUCCGUUUCCGCAGAGCCCCCCGGCGUGCAGAACAAGCACGAGAAUAAGGCGGAGGUGAUGUUCUUGUCCAGCACGGCCCUGACCUCCCAUAAAGGGCGCUUGGACUGCUUCGACCCGCGUAGUGCGGUGAAGGAGGAGGGGAACAAGGAGCCCGGUUAUUUUAGUGUGGACGUAGAACAAGAAGAAGUCCCCGCGGAGAAAAUGGACCAACAACGACCGCAGGUCGUGAUGGACGAAGAAGAGAUUGAAGACCCACGAAGACCACACGAGGAGCAGUCGCCAGCGCUGAAGAAGCGAAAGGUUGUUCUUGCAGAAGAAGCGUCAGCUGUGCUGCUUCGGGGCGGCGACAAUGAUGACCUCAGCGACGAUGAGGAAAGCGUGAUUAUGAAGGAGGAGCCGGAGGAGGUGCUGGAGGCUUUCGCGAAGGUUUGCACGAAGGAAGAAGAGGUCGUCGAGGUGGACGCGGAUUUAAGAGAUCACGCAGCGGCUAAUGGUGCAUCUUCCUCUAGUACCGCGAAGCCGAAGCAAGAUGAAGAUCCUGUCGCUCCAACUUCUACCUCUGCAGCAAAUUCCGUACGCCCGGGCGCUGCCGCUUCCAGCAGUGUGAAGCUGACCGACCUGAGUAGUUUGUUAGGCUUAGGCAGCAGCAGCAGCCUGGGGAAGACGGAGUCGGCAGCAGUCAGUAGCACUACCCUUGUUGCAAAAGCUUCAACUGCUGGAAACGUGGAACAUGUAAAUCAGCAAGGCAGUCAUCCUCUCCGCGACGACUACGAUGCGCAAAGCGUGAGCAGCGACGACCGCGCUCCGAGUGUAAUCGUGAAAGAAGAACCUGAAGAAAUUUUAGAAAGCUUCAACACCGUGCCGAAUCGUAGCAGAAAUCCCGGCGUGCAGGAGACCAUUGACUUAAUAACUUCUGAGGGGCUGGGGGGGAAUUACAACAAGAGCAGCUACCAGGACACGAUCGUAGAAAUCGACAUGGACGACGAAGAUGAUGACCGAAAAGUAGAACAAGAGCACCAAGAGCAAAAAGCAAAAACCCCCGCCGCAGUGCAGCUAACGGACCUGACUGCGAUUUUGAGGGCGCACAGUGCAGCUGGGGUCGUUGCUGCUGGUACUACUUCUAGCGGUUUUUGUUCCACCUCUUCAGGUGGUGGUCCUGGUGCUCCUGCAAAAGAGGAUUUAUUGCAAGAAAAAGCACCAGACCACCCGGUCGACUACACAGCUGGACCCGGCGCGGGUCUUAGCGAAGGAACAUCAGGAGUAGACGGAAAAGUUGUACUUCUUGACGCGGAAGUUGACAAAGACAGUCCAGAAAGCGAUGACUGCUCGGACGGCAGUAGCAGUAGUAGCAGUGAUGGCAGCAGUUGUGACGAGGAAGAGGAGAGUGAAGAUGAAGAAGAUCUUCUGGAGCUUCUAGAAGACGACGAACAAGACAAGGCAGAUCAUGAUGAAAAACUGCGAGGAGUAGUAGAACAACGCGGAGCGUCAGGUAACAAAUCUGCUGCCAAGGAGGACGAAGAACUCGAUCUAGAUCUAGACCAGUUCGAAGAGAACGACAAGAAGCUGUUGGGAGAAGGCAAAAGCGAUGUUUUCGAUCAUGACAAACAAGGCGCUGCGCUAGAUAAUCAGCCAGCUCAGCCACAGCCCUCCCGCCCGAAGAAGAUCAUCCGGCCACAAAAAUUGGUCGUGAAAAAGAAGAUGAAAAUGAAAAAUAAAGGGGAGGACCUUUAUAAAACUGCGAAGAGUGGUAAAAAGAAGAAAAACGAGGGCCGCCGCGAAGGAAAGUCGAAGAAGGUGAAGAAAGAGAAAAAUCGAGGCGCACCUUCUGGGGCCACGAGUUGUGAUAUUCAGGGGAACAAGAAGUUGCUGCAGAAAAAGAAAAAGAAGGAUCCGAACCUCCACGCUAGUGGUAUGGGGUUCUCAACUGUUACAUUCUCAACUGUUACAUGAAUUUGUAAUGCAAGAAUGGCAAAAGUCAAAGAGGGGAGGUUGCGCCCGUGUUGCACCUGUAGCAUGACAAAUACCGCACAGAUUUAGGCGCUUUUUAGCCUUUCUAAAAUUUGUCAUGCGAAGUAGCUUGACUAUGUGAAUGUUGACGCUCAUUUUGCAUGACAAAUGAUGUAACAGUUGAGAAUGUAACGUUUGGGAAUCCCAUAAGUGGCGUGCUGCUCACCGACGUGAUUUCCAUGCUGAACUCGAGCUCCUCAAGCUCAAGCAGCGACCUCAAUGCAAAUUUCCGUGUGGCGACUCCCUUGAGAAAUUUGACUCCCGUAUCGUGAGGAAGAACGUCCCCACGUCGACCCCCCAGGUGUCAUGCAGCUUUGCAACGACAGGAACUUUUACUUUACAUCAGUAAUGCGCAUCUGCUUGAGAGGAAUUUGGAGUCGUGUUCUGGGAUUUGUAAAAUGCUGUUAGCACCAAGAUCAUCAGCUUGCGUCUUUGUGAUGCGGCUUCUAUCCUCGCGAAUAAACACCACUACACUUCUACAGAUGGAACAAACUUGUCAUGCAGAAGCUCCCAACACCUUGCAGACUGGUGUUGCAGAUAAUUACCAACUUGAUUAUGCGCGUGGGGACAUUUUUACCCAGAAUACCCUGUGCGGGUGGACAGUGGGGUGAAGAGGAGAAAAAGCUCUGCUGACGGGGACAACGUCGGAGCUAUGAUUCAUCCUCGCAAGAACGCUCCUACAGCUCCGGAAGGUGAAGAUGUUGAAAGUGGCGCGAAAAACGCGGGUGCAAAGAACGUCGAGCCGUUUGAUAAAUUUGGCGCUAUGAUGUUCUCAUCUCUCGUGCCGCCACCUGUACGGGCAGGAGCUGUUGCUGGUGCAAGAACUGGGUCAGCAGGAGCAGUAGGUAUCGCAGGGAAAAACUGUUUCACUGUAAACUUGCAAUGCAGAAAAUGCAUCCGAGGACGAGGGUUUGUCUUGCUACACAUGCAAGGCAGUGAGUUUUUAGCUGUCUUUUCCCGUAGGAACCUUGCAUGGCAAAUUUUCUCUGUCAUGUACAACAAACCUGUGAUGGAGUACGUUACGGUGAAACACUUUUUUCUUGCGAUAGUAGGAGUGGUACAGCCUUCAUUGUCCUCGUCGACCACCGCCCGUGCGCUCUCUACUACGGUGGAUGAAUCUUGCGUCGCAGCGGAGGUUGAUUUUGCAGAUUUGGAAAAGCUCUUCGCCGAGAUCAUGCAAGCCGAGGGGGCGGAAUUGGAAAGGCCGAGUUGCUGUGUAGAAGUACUCGCAGAGGAUCAUCUUCUUGUCCCAGGCGAAAUAAACGGACCUGAGGGAGCGCGGCCGUCGCCCCAGCAUUUCAUGGAAGGAGUUGUACUAGGGGACCAGAGUGAUAAACUCCUGUCACCUACUUCUGAAGACGCUGGCGUUCUUGGCUGCUCUGAACAACAAGAGCUCGAAAAGUUCAAACAAGGGCUGCUGGCACUCCCGGUGUUUGGUUCCUCCGCGACGUCCUCGAGCCUGGCUACAAAUUCGCUGGCAAUAAUAUCAAACCACGACUCGUCCCAGCAAAGUUUUGAUUCGGACCAGUGCGGAGCUUUGACCCAAGUCUCCUCCUGGGCCCCCGGGAACAACUACAACAGCACUGACAACGACAUGAACGGCGCGGGAGCAGUAUCGAAAGGAAAAAUCCCCCCUCCCCAUAUCAAAAUGAAAUUUCUGAUGCUAGAUUUGUGUACACAAAUCCGAGCUGUCUUGCUGGAGAGCACUGCAGGCCCAUACUAAGUGUGAGUAGAGGGGUUUUGGCCUGGGCACUUAGCAUGAAUGACAUCCGCGCUGUAGGCCGAACAGCAUGACAAACCGCCUGUCCAACGCGGCGGUUGUCUGUGGAGUUGUCUUCUUGCAAGACAGACGCGAUUUGUGAACACAAAUCAGCAUCACAAAUUCCAAAAAUAUACCUUUUCAGUAUGGGGAGGGGGGAUUUUUCCUGUUGAUAAGCAGGAGGGUCCGUGACGCAAUUGGACAGCGACGUGCUUUUCGCGGGGCAAGACAACGCGGUCGUGCCCGGUAUCCUUUGGAAAAACGUUUCCACCCCGUCAAGAUUGUCAUGCAAAUCUGCAUGCUGAGGAUGUUUCUCAUGCGGCUCUCCAUGUUGAGAGGCGUUUUCUAGUGGUGAUUGGAAAAUAAAAUCUGUAAUUCGCGAAUCAGCACGACAGAAUGGAUUUGUGAUGCCGCGUCGACGAGACUAGCUAGGCCCGAAUAGAUACAGUGCGCAGACAAAUUUGUCAUGCGGUAGCCCCAAAAGUCCAGGAUUUGUCUUGCAGUAUUCCCAUCUUGAUGACUCUGUUGUGGGGACGUUUUCACACGGGAUACGCAGCGAGCUCGAAAUCCUCUCUGCCGAGGAAAACAACCCGCACAGACUCCAGAACUUCGACAAAUCUUUAUGAACAGGAAAAAUUCCCCCUUCCCAUGUCAAAGUGGCAAUCUGUGUUGCGGGAUUUGUCUACACAAAUCAGCUCUGUCUUGCAGUAGAGGACUGCAGGGAGAUCUAAAGCCUGGAAGGGGCAGGCUAGAAGUGGGCGCUCCGCAUGGCAGACGUCUGCCCUGUUGGCGCAAAAGCAUUGCAAAUCGCCUGCGUCAAGCGGCGGAAGCUCUGGCGUUGCUCUCCUGCAAGACAGACCUGAUCUGUGGCCACAAAUCAGCAUCGCAAAUUUUCAAAAGGGUGCCUUUCGAUAUGGGGAGGGGGGAUUUUUCCUCACAAUAGUCUUGUUUUCAGCACGUCCGGGUGCAUGGGCAGUUCAACCUGGGGUUCAUCCUGGGAUCAUACAAACAAGAACUGUUCAUCUUCGACCAGCAUGCCUGCGAUGAGAAAAAGCGUUUUGAGUACUUGAUAUGAACUGCAAAAGUAUCGCACUCGUAUAAAUGCAUGACAAAUUUCCUCAGCGUGAGAAAUAAGACUUGUAAUGCAGAUUUGCCUUGGAAACAAGAUUUGUAAUGCAAGACUUGCAUUUAUUAUACGAGUACGAUACUUUUGCAGAGGAUACCUGAACCGCGUAAACAAAAUCGACUCGCAGCAGUUGUUAAACCCGAUCCAGUUAUCCCUGCCGCCGGCGCUAUGGAUGUGUCAGGAUCGAAAUCGACAUAAUCGAAAUGAUUUGUGAUGCAUAAAAUGUAGGGCACUGAUGGCCUGUAUUGGGGAGCAGGCAAAUGAGACCGAUUGCAAGCCUGUUUAGGGGUAUACAAUGCGCUGCCAGAGUAGCAUGACAGGAGCAGACUUUUUUGCCCAAACAGCAUGACAGACUGGAUUUGGGUGCUCCCGAAAUUUGCCAUGCGCCACUUGGAAACUGAGGCUCCAACUGAUAUCGAUUUUGUGCAUCACAAGUUUUUCGAUUUUGUCAAUUUCGAUUCUGACACACCCAUAGGCGCAGGAGGUGAUCGCGAACGAGUUUGCGAAAACCGUGUUUGCGAAAAACGGGUUCGAUUUGAGGUUUGAGGAGGAAAACGAAAUUGGGAAAAGGUGCCUACUAUGCGUUGCAAAUAUGUCUGGGUCUGGAAGGAUGCAACUUGUAAUGCUAUUUUUGGAUUCUAAAAAAAUUUGCAUUGCAUGACCAGCAAGAGGAGCCCAGUUUGUGCUACGCGGAGAGGGCAUUUCUCAUGCGAAAUAGGCAUCAGGAAGGGUUCUAAAAAUCUGUGAUGGUAAGACAUGCAUCACAGGUGUCAUAGGUCAUGCAAAAUAUGCAUGACAAGUCUUCCAAUCUUCCAGACCCAGACAUUUUUACAUUUGAUACCUACUCCACGCGGUACCCAGCUGCAAGUAUCAUUUGCAAAAACUACAGAGUUGUCCCCACCGCUCAGGGUUGUCAUGUGUCGAAUUAUCUGCAUGCUUUUCGAAUGUUUUUCAUGCGGAGCCUGAUGAGAAGCAGUUUCUAGCUGUGUUUGCAAAUUUGAUGUGAUGCUCAUAUCAGCAUGAGAUGCUAGUAGAUCUGUGAUGCGGCAGCACUAGCUAGACAGGAUUACACUGUGAUGCCAAGAAAGGACUUGUUAUGCGCACCAGCCAAAGUAGCUUGUUGAUUUGUGUAGCAGAUUUCCAAUCUUGGCUCUGGGGUGAGAACGUUUUUACUCAGGAUAGCAAGGGGUUUGUGUUCAACGUGGCGGACGUGGAGGACCUGUUGGCGAUUUUGGAAGAAAGUGGCGGGACUUUAUGCAUUGCAAAUAUCGAUAUGAGUCUGGAAAGCUGGAACUUGUAAUGCUGGCCUUACAUUUUACACUUAAUCUUACAAAUCUAAGUGAAAUCUGUAUUGCAUGACCGAGACAUCAAAAGUCGUACUCUCUCUUGUUUUGUACAAAAACGCAGUUUCAUCUCUUGCGGAGUGCGUAUGAGAAAGCGUUCUGUCAUCUUGUCAUGCUUUCAUCCUGCAUAAGAAAUAAGUUUCUUCAACUACAUCUUCAUCAUGCACAUUUUACAACAUUACAACUUUCCAGACCCAGAUCGAAAUUUGCAUUUGAUAGACUUUCGAUCUGGACAACGACGAUCCGGACAAGGACUUGCUGUGUGAGGAGAUUUAUGUAUUGCAAAUAUCCCUGGAUGUCUGGAAAGAUACAAGGUGUGUCAUACCUGUCUCGCAUGACUGAAGAGUUUGUGAUGCGUGUCCAAGAAGAGACCGCGUUUCUUGUCAUGCAGAACGCAGCUUGCCAUGCGGGAAGCGCAACACUAUUACGCCGCGCAAACAUUUCUCAUGCUUGGCUGUGCAUCACAGAGAAUUCACUAUUCACAACUCAGCAUUUUUACAAGUUUCCAGACCCAGACAUGUUUGCAUUUGAUAAGAUUAUGGACGACGAGGACCAGGAAGUAGAGAACGGGCCGGAAAACAAGGCCAAAAACAUCGCAACCAUUUCCUUCCAGGGCACCACAGCCGAGGUGCCGCGGCCCAAGAAGGUGUGGACGAUUAUGGCGAGCAAGGCCUGCCGCUCGGCGAUCAUGAUCGGGAAAAAAUUGAGUAACCGGGAGAUGGAGCAGAUUGUGGGAAAUCUCGCGAUUUUGGAGCAGCCCUGGAACUGCCCGCACGGGCGACCGACGUUGCGGCAUCUGGUGAAUGUGGAGGAAGCGGUGGUGGGCUAUCGAGAUUUUUGUAAUGAUCUCGCGAUCAGAUGAGGCUGCUUGAAGAACUAAAAACAGUUUCGUGCUGGUGCGGCUUUGAAAUCUAGUUUUGAACAGGUCAUGCCACUGUUGAUUACAAUGCUAAUAGGACAACUUCUGGGGUCUGUAUCAGUUCGUUGUAAGGAGAACUUCUGUCGGUGUCGGCACGAUUGAGCCGCAGAAGAUCUUAGCACAGCUGCAGCCGAGUAUGUAAGUACCCUGCUGCGGAUUUGUUUUCUUUUCGCAACGGU